CACACUUGGACCGGGGUUUGAAUUCCGCCCAGCCUCAGACGGCUUCGGGAGAAGGAGGGCUGUACCAGGCGCAGUGAGUUCGCGGCGGGAGAGGACCAGGAGCUAGGGGAAGGGAGAGGGAGGCCCAGGAUGCUGCAUCUCAGUGCCAUGGAGGGCAGGGGUGCCGUGGAGGUGGAGGCCUGGCUGCCCAACACAGGAGUUCUGCCUUCUCAGAGCCCUGCUCCUACUUCAGAGAAGCUCUCCAAAAAGAAGGGAAGAAUACCAGUCAGGUCCCUGCCGGCCUGGAGCAUGGAACCUGUGAUCUUCAGGGAUGUGGCCAUGUACUUCACCCAGAACGAGUGGCAGCUGCUGGAGCCUGCGCAGAAGGACCUAUACAGGGAUGUGAUGCUGGAGAACUAUGGGCACCUGGCAUCUUUGGGGCAUUGGUUCUUCAAACCCAAGCUGAUCACCAGGUUAGAGCAAGGAGACGAGCCCUGUGUCAAGGAGAGAGGCAUCCCUCCAGCUCCCCAGCGAGGCAGUGCUGGAAUCAGUGGGAGCCGCAUCUCCACAGACAAAAAGAGAAGGCUUGUGUUGAAGACAUUUCCAAAGCCAGGCAUCUCUAUGAGGCCUUCCCCGGGGAAGGCAAAGGAAGUGGUCCAAAGGGGUUCCAGGACAGAAAGGAUUUUGGAAACUGAGGACAGGCCACUGAGGAGCAGGCAAAAAUCUGGCCUCAGGCUGGCCUCAGACUCAUGCAAAAAAAUUCUCCCUAGAAAGAAAAGGCAUGAAUCUACGGCCGUGAGGAGAUGCCUGAGUUGUCCACCACCGAUGACAACAUCACAGAGUACCUCUCAAGGAAAGAAGACCCCAAAAAGAGAUAUUCAUGGAAAAACACAGGCACUAGGCUCUCUGAGACAAGGUCGUCCAAGAAUCCAAAGGGGGAAGGCACACUUUAAAUGUAAAGAAUGUGGAAAAACCUUCAACCAGACCCUCCACCUCAUUGAGCAUGAGCGGAUCCACACAGGAGAGAAACCCCACAGAUGUGAUGAGUGUGGGAAGCACUUCCGGCACAGCUCCUACUUCCUCACGCACUAUAGAAUUCACACUGGAGAGAGGCCCUACAAGUGUAAAGAGUGUGGGAAAGCCUUCAACAGCAGCUCCACACUGCACAGCCACCACAGGACCCACACAGGGGAGAAGCCCUUCAGAUGUGAGGAGUGCGGGAAAACAUUCAAGCAGAGCACGAAGCUUACUCGUCACCGGAGGGUGCACACUGGAGAGAAGCCCUACCAGUGCAGUGAGUGUGAGAAAUCAUUUGGCCGCAGUUCUUCCUUAACAGAGCACAAGAGAAUCCACACAGGAGAGAAGCCAUAUCAUUGCAAAGUGUGUGGGAAAGCCUUUAGAUGCAACUCGCAUCUUUCUGAGCACCAGAGGAUCCACCAGGAGGAAAAAUCCUACCGGUGUGAGCAAUGUGGGAAGUACUUCCGAAACGGCUCCCACCUGUCGGAACACAGAAGGGUGCACCAGCGGGGCCCCCCAGAGCAAUGCCCGGAGUGUGGGAGAGCCUACCGCCGCAGGGCUGCCCUUCUGAAGCACCAAAAGAGCCACAGAGAGAAGCAUACUUACCGGUGUGAGGGAUGUGGAAAGGCCUUCCGGUGCAGGUCAAGCAUUCAGAGACAUCAGAGGAUGCAUGCCGGACAGAAGCCAUACAUGUGCCCUGAGUGUGGGAAAGCCUUCACCGACAGCUCCACCCUUAACAAUCACUGCAAAAUUCACAGCACAGAGAAACUGUACCCUUGCCCCAAAUGUGAGACGGCCUUCAGGCACCUCUCGUCCCUGAUGCUCCACCAGAAAGCACAUGCUGGAAAGGGACAGUGAACUUGCGUGUGACAGAGCCCUCAGCCAGGACCCACACCUUCCUAACCCCCAGAGAAGUAUGUGAGUGGAGUUUCACUGCACCUCUCACCAGAAAGGUUACCUAGCUGACCAGGGGUCCUCAUUCAGGGGACAGUUCUACACAGCCCCAACCUGGGACGUUUGGGAAGUAUCUGUGGAUACUUUUGAUUGUCCCAACCCGUUGCUGCUACUGGCAGGUAAUGGAUAGAGGCCAAGGAUCCUCCAAACCCUAUCAGAUACCUCCCUCUACAAGGAAGGUUCUGGUUCCAAAUAGCAGCAGUGGUGCUAAGAGUUUGAGGAGUUCAGAAAUAGUUUUCUGUGUCAUCCUGUACAGUAAUCACUAAACUGCAUGUGGCUCUGAACAUUUACAUGAAUCAAACAGAAAUAAAAUUCAAAAUGUUUUCUCAGCCACAGACAGCUAGGAUUCAGUGGCCAGAUUUCCUAGCGGGUGCCAAAUCAGCACAGAUAAAGAAUAUGUCUGUUGUUACAGAAGGUUCUGUUUUGGCGUUGGUUUGGAUCUUUUAUCAAAAUUAUCCAAAAUUAUCUAUGGGCCAGCAUAGCCCCAAGAAAGUGAGUAUGGGGUUCAAUUGCCAGAGGAAGACAGAGGGCAGCACAACCAAAUGUAGCACUCCAUCAAUGGCUUUGAGAUUGUGUUGGCUCAUCCACAGAUGGUUCUGUGGGCACUCUGAUAUGUGAGGAUUGGCUAUUCUUUUUUUUUUGUAUUGGCUAUUUUUUUUAAGAUUUUAUUUAUUCAUAAGAGACAGAGAGAGAGAGAGACAGAGACAGAGACACAGGCAGAGGGAGAAGCAGGCUCCAUGCAGGGAGCCUGACGUGGAACUCGAUCCUGGGCCUCCAGGAUCAGGCCCUGGGCUGAAGGCAGCGUUAAACUGCUGAGCCACCCGGGCUGCCCAGGAUUGGCCAGGAUUGGAGGCAUACACCUCCUUCUACCUGGGGCAGAACAAACAAUCAGUCAUUGAUGAUGUUACUGAUAAAUGCUGAUAUUUCCUGAGCACCUCCCCUGCCACGCAUGGUGCUGAGCACUUUACAUUACAUAGCCUCCUGGAAUUCUCUCUAGCAUCCUAUGAAAUAGGAACUCAUGUGAUCCUAUUUUAUAGCUGAGAAAAUGGGGCUCGGGAGAGCUUUUUUUAAAAUUUUGCACAUAAAUCAGGGCAGUACUGCUAUUUUUAUAUUAUGUGCUUUCAAAUUCAUGGGAUUCACAUUUUCACAAAAUAUAUCUUUAAAAAUACAUAUCACUGUUUACAUUUCUGUUCAGACUGCCCUUUUGGGCAGAGAGCAGCUUGGCUUUACCUAUGGCAGGAGCUAGCACAGAGGAGACUCUAGAUCAGGGGUUGGCACACUAUGGCCAACCCAGCCCAUGGCCUGUUUUUAUAAAUCUAGUUUUAUUGGCACACAGCUACCUAUUGUCUAUGACUGCUCCCAUGCAAAGAUGAAUAAUUACAACAGAGACCAGAUGGUCCAUAAAGCCUAAAAUAUUUGCUCUGAGACCCUUGACCAAAAAUAGUUGAGUGAUCCCUGCUCUGAAUAGCUGACAAAUUGAAGUGAAUCAGGAUGAAGUGUGGGAGUGGUUGGCAAAGAAAGAGAUAAACUCUUGAAUGUUUGUGACUAUGACUCAAAGUGUAAAAUAUAUUUUGUAUUGCAGUACAGUGCACAUUGUGUAUUUUCUAUGUGUGUAUGAACAUAUGUGUGCAUAGAUGAAAGACAAGUUUAAUGAACCACUACUUACCUUUAUCAUGUGCCCACAUCAAUUCUUCCACUUGAAAAGUGCUGAUCACAACCUUAUGAGUCAAUUUCACUAAUCAAUGUGGUGUGCAACCCCCAGCUUGAAAAGCCCUGCCAUCAUGGCAGGACAGUGUGAGAUAUUGCCUCCUUUUUGAGAGAUUUGGAGUCGAAGGCCUCCAAACAAGGCUGUGGUUGGCAUCACCAUUGGAGAAUUUAUCAGAAGGUAGAAUGUGGAAAGCACCACCAUGUUGAGGGUGUGACUUUGUGCUUGGUCCCAGAGCAGCUUGGAGGAUAGACAGACCUAGUUCUCUGGAUUGCUUCUACAACUUCGAGAACAUUUCCUUCCUGGCAUUAGGAGGACUGGAGGGUCCAGAGUUAGACUAAGGGUGAGGAUGGAAAGAGCUUGUAUGAGGAUCUCCAAGAACUCCGGUGGGGCUUUAAGAGGGAGCCAUCUUUGGCAAUGUGGCUGCAUCCUCCUGCAAAUUGCCUCAGGACUGGGCUGGGUGGCAUGCGGAGGAGGACCUUUGGCAGAUGCUCAUUCUUGUUGUCUGUGAGACAUUUGUGGAAGUGAGAGGAGUAGAGGAGAUUGGAGAUUCCUCCAGUAUAAGGGAAGAAUGCGUCUGGACAUAUUCACUACAUUCGUGGUUGCAAAUAACAGGAACCCAGCUCACACUAGCUUAAAUGAAACCAAAAUCAAGAAAAGGAAUGUAGGGACGCCUGGGUGGCUCAGCGGUUGAGCAUCUGCCUUUGGCUCAGGUCUUAAAAAAAAGUUGGCUCACACAACUGGGAAGCUUCCUUGCUCAAAGUUAUCUUUGAACUUUAGAGAUUGGAAUGGAGAAUUUGAUGCCAACAGGACUCCCUGGCACAUCUCAUCUCUGGUCCUCUCUGCAAAUCUUUGUCUUGUCCUUCUUUCAGCAAACAGGAGCAUUCUCUAUUAACCAGGAAGCACAGUUACUGGAGGCCCCAGGGUCCAACCUAGGGGAAAAAGAGAGUUUCUUUCCCCCACAGACUCAG